AUGUCUGGCUCUGCAAUCAUUGCGGCGCAUUCUAGCUCUUGGGCCGCGGCGCUCGUUAGGAUCUCUCCUUACACCUUUUCCGCAAUCGGCAUCGCUGUUUCAAUCGGUGUCUCCGUUCUCGGCGCUGCUUGGGGAAUUUACAUUACCGGUAGUAGCUUGAUCGGUGCUGCAAUUAAGGCUCCUCGAAUCACUUCCAAAAAUCUCAUCAGCGUUAUCUUCUGUGAAGCUGUUGCUAUAUACGGUGUUAUUGUGGCUAUUAUCCUGCAGACAAAACUAGAAAGCGUUCCAAAAGCAAGUAUCUAUGAACCAGAAUCUCUUAGAGCUGGAUAUGCGAUCUUUGCUUCUGGGCUCAUUGUGGGCUUCGCAAAUCUUGUUUGUGGGUUGUGUGUAGGAAUAAUUGGAAGCAGCUGUGCAUUGUCUGAUGCUCAGAACUCCUCCCUCUUUGUGAAAAUUCUUGUGAUUGAGAUCUUUGGCAGUGCACUUGGCCUAUUUGGAGUUAUUGUUGGAAUUAUUAUGUCGGCCCAAGCAACAUGGCCCUCAAAAUUUUAG